GUUUUCUCAAGCGGCCUCGGCCACCUUCUCCCCCACAGCUCCUGCAGCCUCUGUCUGCCCCCCUGGUUGAAGCCACUCCCCCGCCCAAAGCGCUCUCUGCUUCUACCAUGGCCGCAGCCCUGGCUCAGGAGCUGUCACAGCUCUCUCUCAACGGCGCUGGCAGCCUGGAGACUCUCGCCGCGGCCGCCCAGAAGGGCGCCGCAGCGGAAGUGCACCUCCUCCAGCACCUACCGGCACUCCUGAAGGCCACCGCCGACAAGGAUGCCGCGACCCGCGCCGCCGCCGACAAGGCUGGCGAGGCGGUGAUGUCCGCCCUGAACCGCAAUGCGGUGAAGCUGGCGCUGCCUGCCCUCUUCGAGGGUAUGUCCGACCCCAAGUGGCAGACCAAGGAGGCUGCCACCAAGUUCCUGGGCCACCUGGCCUCCGCCGCCCCCGAGCAGAUCUCGGUCUACCUGCCCGAGAUUGUGCCCGUGGUGACCAACUGCAUGGUGGACCUCAAGCCCACCGUGCGCGCCGCCGCCACCGACGCCCUGACCAAGUGCUGCGCCGCCAUUGGCAACCGCGACAUUGAGCCCUUUGUGCCCCACCUGAUCCGCUGCAUCGGCGCCCCCAGCGAGGUGCCCGACUGCGUGCACAAGCUCUCUGCCACCACGUUUGUCCAGUCGGUGGACGCGCGCACUCUGUCCAUCCUGGUGCCCCUGCUCGUGCGCGGCCUGACCGACCGCACCACGCCCAUCCGCCGCAAGGCGUGCGUCAUCAUCCGCAACAUGGCCAAGCUGGUGGACGACCCCGUGGAUGCCGCCGAGUUUGUGUCCCUGCUGCUGCCCAACGUCAAGUUUGCCAUGGAGGGCAUGUCCAACCCCGAGGCGCGCGAGGUGGCCACCGACUGCCACAAGAUCCUCGAGUCCAUCAACACCUCGGUGGAGGCGCACCCCAAGGCGCAGACCGAGGAGGUGCUGGCGGCCCUGAACAAGGCCGCCGAGGCCGCCGGCGUGUCCAUCAAGGGCGACGGCGCCGAGGCCGCCUCGCGCCACGUGGCCGGCAUGGCCGCCAACCUGAUUGAUGUGAAGAACUUUGAGGAGGCCGAGUGGACCCAGAGCACCGUGCCCUACCUGGCCGCCUUCUGCGGCGAGGCGGGCGCCACGUCUGUGUGCAAGGAGUUCCACGCCGCCUGCUUCCAGGAGGCGCAGUCCCGCGAGAUGGCGCCCGUGGAGGAGGAGGAGGGCGAGGACCUGUGCAACUGCGAGUUCUCCCUGGCCUAUGGUGGCAAGAUCCUGCUCAACAACGCCCGCCUGCACCUGAAGCGCGGCCAGCGCUACGGCCUGUGCGGCCCCAACGGCGCCGGCAAGUCCACACUCAUGCGCGCCAUCGCCAACGGCCAGCUGGACGGCUUCCCGCCCAAGACUGAGCUGCGCACCGUGUAUGUGGAGCACGACAUUGACGCCUCGGAGGCGGAGACCCCCGUGGUUGAGUUUGUGGUGAACGACGACAUGGUGAAGGAGGUGAUGCCCGCCCGCGAGCGCAUCAUCGAGGUGCUGGAGAGCGUGGGCUUUGACGCCGAGCGCCAGGCGCUGCCCGUGGCCUCCCUGUCGGGCGGCUGGAAGAUGAAGCUGGCCCUGGCGCGGGCCAUGCUCAUGAACGCCGACAUCAUGCUGCUGGAUGAGCCCACCAACCAUCUGGACGUGACCAACGUGCAGUGGCUGAUCAACUACCUGGUGGGCCUCAAGGGCGUCACCUCGGUGGUCGUCUCCCACGACUCGGGCUUCCUGGACGCCGUCUGCUCCUCCAUCAUCCACUACGAGGACAACUUCAAGCUCAAGAAGUACCUGGGCAACCUGUCCAAGUUUGUGCAGCAGCGCCCCGAGGCCGCCGCCUACUACUCCCUGGCCGACGCCUCCACCAAGUGGUCCCUGCCCGAGCCCGGCUUCCUGGAGGGCGUGACCUCCAAGGACCGCGCCAUCCUCAAGAUGCGCGGCGUCAACUUCAAGUACCCCACCGCCGAGUCCCGCAUCCUCAACGACGUCAACCUGCAGGUCUCCCUGAACUCCCGCGUCGCCGUGCUGGGCCCCAACGGAGCGGGCAAGUCUACCCUCAUCCGCCUGCUCACCGGCGAGCUGGAGGCUGAGUCUGGGCUGGUGUGGAAGCACCCCAACCUGCGCGUCGCCUACGUGGCGCAGCACGCCUUCCACCACAUUGAGAACCACCUGGACAUGACCCCCAACCAGUACAUCCAGUGGCGCUAUGCCACCGGCGAGGACCGCGAGUCCCAGGACAAGGUCUCCCGCAAGAUGAAGGAGGAGGAGGAGAAGAAGAUGAAGGAGGUCAAGGUGGUGGACGGCGUGAAGCGGGUGGUGGAGAAGCUGCUGGCGCGCCGCAAGCUCAAGCGCGGCUACGAGUACGAGGUGCAGUGGAAGGGCGAGGCGGAGACCAGCUGGCUGACACGCGACCGCCUCGAGGAGAUGGGCUUCCAGAAGAUGCUCACCGACAUCGACAUGAAGGAGGCCGCCGCGGCCGGCCUGAUGGGCAAGCCGCUGACUGCCAAGAAUGUGGAGGAGAUGCUGGCCCAGCUGGGCCUGCCCGCCGAGUUCUCUACCCACUCCCAGAUCCGCGGCCUGUCUGGCGGCCAGAAGGUGAAGCUGGUGCUGGGUGCCGCCAUGUGGCAGCAGCCCCACAUCCUGGUGCUGGAUGAGCCCACCAACUACCUGGACCGCGAGUCGCUGGGCGCCAUGGCCUCCGCGCUCAAGGAGUAUGGCGGCGGUGUUGUCAUCGUCAGCCAUCACCACGAGUUUGUCAACCAGGUGUGCCAGGAGAAGUGGACCGUGGGCGGCGGCAAGUGCGACAUCACCGGCCAGUCUGCCGCGGCGCUGGAUGCCAUGAAGCUGGAGUGGAAGCGGCAGGAGGAGACCACUGACGCCUUUGGCAACACCAUCAAGAUCAAGGCACCCAAGAAGGAGCUGUCCCGCAAGGAGAAGAAGGCUCGGGCCAAGGCCAACGCUGCACGGCGUGAGCGCGGCGAGGAGGUGUCCGAUGACGAGGACGAGUGGGCCUAAAAAACCUGUUGCGUCAGCCAACACAGCCACCCAGGCCGCGGCCGCCCUAGAUGCAUGGCGCCGCC